AUAUUGUUUAUAGAUUUGGUUUGAGCGUGACUUUUUGCUUAUAAUUACAAAAUUUAUCGAAAAAAUCAUUGUUUCUAUCGUAAAUAAAUUGAAAAUGUCGACAGUUCCGAUUGCAGAUUUUGGUCCCGAUUCGGGCGGUCGUGUUAAAGGUUUAACAAUUGUGAAGCCGAUUGUUUAUGGUAAUAUGGCCCGGUCGUUUGGUAAAAAACGCGAAGAAGAUGGACAUACACAUCAAUGGACAGUGUAUUUGAAACCAUACAACAACGAGGAUAUGUCAACUUGGGUGAAAAAAGUCCAUUUUAAAUUGCACGAAAGUUAUGCCAAUGCCAAUCGAACGCUUACCAAACCACCGUAUGAAGUCACCGAAACUGGUUGGGGUGAAUUUGAAGUGGUGAUCAAAUUACAUUUCCAUGAUCCAAAUGAACGACCAGUCACACUUUAUCACAUCCUGAAAUUGUUUCAAUCGCCAAUUGUCGAUGGUGAAAUUUCCUCACAAGAUACUAAAAAAGGGCUCGUCUCCGAAUCAUACGAAGAAAUCGUUUUCCAAGAACCUACACAAUAUAUGCAACAAUGUCUUAAUAAUACUAAAGCAAUUUGUAACGGACCAUACAAUCAUGACACAGAUUUCGAAGACCUCAUUUCACGAACUCUGGAGAAUAUAAUUGAUGUAAAGGGAAAAGUAAAACAAGAAAUUACCGCAUUGAAGGAUAAACUAACACUUGCUCGUGAAACAAUUGGACGAUUCAAGAGUGAAUUGGCCAAAGUACAAGGAACACCAAAUCCCGUAGGAAACACAACACCACAACCGAAUCACUGACCUCAUACAUUUUUCAUCAUUCAAAUUGUUAAUAUAAGACACAUCCAAUUUUCAAAUGAAACAAAUGUGAUUCAUUUUUUUUUUUAAUUUUCAUUCAAUUUAGACGUUUCACUCGACUUUGUGAAUACUAUCAAUAAUUAAAAAUAAAACGUCGUGUUUUUUUGGUGAAA